CAGGGGCUGAUGAUGAUGAUAAUAGAAACCUGCAGACUACAGAGGAGCCCCUGGUGAUUCACUGGUGAGACAUUGGAGCAACUUGUAUGCUACGAGUGAGCCCUUGACUGUUCACCAAGCCUUUGCCACGAGCGAUGACUCAGGAUGCAGCCAGGGACCACGACAUGCACGGAGGACCGCAUCCUGCAUGCUCUGGAGCGCUGCUUGCACGGUCUCAGCCUCAGCCGCAGGUCCACAUCCUGGUCAGCUGGGCUGUGUCUUAACUGCUGGACCCUACAGGAGCUGGUCAGCAGAGACCCAGGUCACUUCCUUAUCCUCCUGGAACUGAUCCUGCAGAAAACCCGAGAGGUCCUGGAGAAGGGCACCUAUGAUCUACUGGCCCCUCUGGCCCUGCUCUUCUACUCUACUGUCCUUGGUACACCACACUUCCCACCAGACUCAGAUCUUCUUCUGAAAGCAGCCAGAACCUACCACAGAUUCCUGACCUGGCCUGUUCCUUACUGCAGCAUCUGCCAGGAACUGCUCACCUUCAUUGAUGCUGAACUCAAGGCCCCAGGAAUCUCCUACCAGCGACUGGUGAGGGCUGAGCAGGGCCUACCCAUUAGGAGUCACCGCAGCUCCACUGUCACCGUGCUGUUGCUGAACCCCGUGGAGAUGCAGGCCGAGUUUCUUGCCGUGGCCAACAAACUGAGCGCACCCAGACCCUCACCCCACAGUGCCUACACCACCCUGCUCCUGCAUGCCUUCCAAGCCACCUUUGGGACCCAGUGUGACCUGCCAGGUCUGCACUGCAGGCUGCAGUCCAAGACCUUGACAGAGCUUGAGGACAUCUUCACGGAGACUGCAGAGGCACAGGAGCUGGCAGCUGGCAUUGGGGAUGCAGCUGAGGCCCGGCAGUGGCUCAGGACCAAGCUGCAGGCCGUGGGAGAGAAAGCCGGCAUCGCCAGUGUCUUGGAUACCACAAAACCCGGCAAGCUCCGUACCAUCCCCAUCCCUGUGGCCAGGUGCUACACCUGCAGUUGGAACCAGGACAGCUUUGACAUCCUAAAGGAAAUCCUGCUUAAGGAACAGGAGCUGCUUCAGCCAGGGAUCCUGCGGGACGAUGAUGAUGAUGAGGAGGAGGAGGAGGAGGAAGAGGAGGAUUUGGAAGCCGAUGGACACUGUGCUGAGAGGGACUCAGUGCUCUCCACCAGCCCGGUGGCCUUCCAAGAUUCCACUCUGUCUCUUGCCUCAUCCCAGGCCGCAGGAACUGACCUCCCCCACCGGUUGACGUCCUUUGUCUCAGGCCUCUCAGAUGGCAUGGACAGUGGCUACGUGGAGGACAGUGAGGAGAGCUGCUCUGAGUGUCCCAAGAAGUCUGACCGCCAAGAACGCCGGAGCCACCGCAGAUCUGGGCCGAAGUUUAAUAGGAUCUAUAAACUCUUAAAGAGCACCAGCCAGCUGGUCCUGCGGAGGGACUCUCGGGUCCUGGAGGGCAACUCGGACACAGCCCUGUUCUUGCGGCGGACCGAGAGCCUCUGCAGCCCCCCGGGUGACUCGGCACUGUCCCCCACCCGGGCCCAGCGCUCCCGCUCCCUGCCCCAGACCAAGCUCAGCAACCAGCUGCCCAGCUGGCUCCUGGCACCUGCCUCACGCAUCCGGCGCCGGCGCCCCUUUCUGAGCGGAGACGAGGACCCUAAGGCUUCCACACUUCGUGUUGUGGUGUUUGGCUCUGAUCGGAUUUCAGGGAAGGUGGCUCGGGCAUACAGCAAUCUUCGGCAACUGGAGAAUAAUCGUCCGCUCCUCACACGGUUCUUCAAGCUUCAAUUCUUCUAUGUACCCGUGAAGCGAAACCAUGGGACUGGCUCCAGCACCGGCCCAGCCCCUCCGAGUCAGAUGCCCCCACUAGCCACAGACUCCCCAAGGCACCCCAGCCCUGCAGAGCUGGGCACGGUUCCAUGGGCGGAGAGCACCAAUGACAUCUCCUACUACCUUGGCAUGCUUGAUCCCUGGUAUGAGCGCAACGUGCUGGGCCUCAUGCACCUGCCCCCUGAAGUCCUGUGCCAGUCUCUGAAGGCCGAACCCCGGUCCAUGGAAGGCUCCCCUACCCCGCUGCCCAUCUUGGCAGACAUGCUGCUCUACUAUUGCCGCUUUGCUGCCCGGCCAGUGCUGCUGCAGGUGUAUCAGACAGAGCUGACCUUCAUCACUGGGCAGAAGACGACAGAGAUCUUCAUUCACUCCCUGGAACUGGGUCACUCUGCUGCCACACGUGCCAUCAAGGCUUCAGGUCCUGGCAGCAAGCGGCUGGGCAUUGACGGCGACCGGGAGGCCGUCCCUCUAACACUACAGAUUAUUUACAGCAAGGGGGCCAUCAGUGGGCGAAGUCGCUGGAGCAACAUGGAGAAGGUCUGCACCUCCAUCAACCUCAACAAGGCCUGCAGGAAGCAGGAAGAGCUUGACUCCUGCAUGGAGACCCUGACGCUAAACCUGACAGAAGUCAUAAAAAGGCAGAAUCCCAAAUCCAGGAAGGGCUUUAACCAGAUCCGGAGACGGCACAGCUGCUCAGCUUCUCUAAGACCCUGGGUUCUUGGGACUGAUCGCCCCCCUGGGCAGGACUAUGAAGAUCUAAUCUGGGAGCUGAGCUGCAGCAGUCAAGCUAAGUACUACCUCUGUACAGAAAAACAACCACAUAACUUUCCAUUCUGCCGCCUGAGACAACCACUUCCUCCUCACAUGCUGCAGGCCCCGAUGGAGAGCUCAGAUGUGGAACUGGACCUCCAGCGGAGCGUGCAGGCUGUGCUCCGGGAGCUCAGCACCCAGGCCCCUGCCCUGCAGAGCAAUCAAGGUAUGUGGAGAUGGUCCCUGCACAAGAAGGUGGAGCGAGAUCCUCAUAAGAGCCCGGCACUGGUCCGAAUUCUACUCAGAGAACUCGAGAAGGCAGAAAGGGAGGAUCUCCGGCAUGUCAUCAUUCCCUUGCUGCACACUCUAAUGUACGUGCUCGCUAAGGCCACAGGGGUCACAGAGGAGCUCUACAGGAGAACCUAUACCUUUUGCAUGCGGUUACUGACCCUGCCCGCCCCCUACUGCACGGUGGCCCUGGACUGUGCCAUUAGGCUGAAAACCGAGACAGCAGUCCCAGGGACGCUGUACCAAAGGCUGGUCAUUGCUGAACAGAACUUGACGAGUGAACUGUAUCCCUACCAGGAAAGAGUAUUCCUCUUCGUGGAUCCUGAGCUGGUAUCGCCUUCGGUGUGCAGUGCCCUGCUGCUGGAGAUCGAGGCGGCCCAGGUGCAGCAGACUCCGGAGGCCUGCAUGCGCCAUGUGGUCUCACAUGCCCUGCAGGCGGCCCUGGGGGAGGCCUGCCACACCGGGGCUCUGCAGAGGAAGCUGCAGGCCAGUUCCCGCCGCGCCCUGGUGCGCUAUUUCCACGCGGUGGUGGCCGCGGUGGAGCAGAUGGCCAACGAGCCCAACCCCAGCCGGGAGGGACACCUGGAGCGCCUGGAGGAAAUCUACAGCUCGCUGCUGGGCCCAGCGGCCGCCGCCAGGGGGCGCUGCGGCGGUAGCACCCUGCAAGACCGGCCGCCAAGCAUCCCUCUGCCCAGCCCACACAUCUCCUUCCACCUGUGGACGGAUGAGGAACAGCUCUGGAAGGAACUGGUGCACUUCCUGCGCCCACAUUCCCAACUGCGCCUCAGUGCUGAUUUGGAAGCCUUGGAUCUGCAGGGCCUCCUGCCGGACCUGGAGUUGGCCCGGGCUUCAGUGCUGUCCACUGACAGUGGCAUCGAGCGGGACCUUCCUUUUGGGACUGACGAGCUUCCCUCACCCAGCAGCCCUGAGAUGGAGCGUGGGGGGCUACAGCGCAAAGGGGGCAUCAAGAAGCGAGCAUGGCCCCCAUACAUCCUGAUGCCCAGCAGCUGGGAUGUGCCCCCAGGGUUGCACCGGAGGACAGGCAGGCCCAGUGGGGAUGGGGAACUGCUGCCCGGUGUCUCCCGGCUGCACACGGCUCGGGUGUUGGUUCUGGGGGACGACAGGAUGCUGGGGCGCCUGGCCAGGGCCUACCACAACCUCAGGAAACAAGAGACCCAGAAGUUCUGCCUCACCCCCAGGCUCAGCCUGCAGAUCUACUACAUCCCUGUGCUGGCGCCUAAGGUGCCUGCUGCUUAUGCCACUUCUGAGCUGGGAGAGCUAGCUGCCUUCCUGGGCCGGGCAGACCCGUGGUAUGAGAUAACUGUGAACACCCUGUGCCCCGCCAUCCACAAGCUGGCAGAGAUGCCUCCUGCCCUGGACACAUCCCGCACUGUGGACCCCUUCAUCCUGGAUGUCAUCACCUACUAUGUCCGCAUGGGCACCCAACCCAUCUAUUUCCAGAUCUACACAGUCAAGAUCUUCAGCAACCUGAACCCAGACCCUAUAGAGGACAUCUUCCUCACAGAGCUGAAGGUAAAGAUUCAAGACGCCAAGCUCCCCAGAGAAGGUAUUUCGCCCAGAAGAAGAGGGAUGACGGAGGUUCCAGGGGCAGAGCUCUCCAUUUGCUACCAGAAGGCACUACUCAGCCACCGGGCCCGAGAGGUCACCGUUUCCCUGCGGGCCACUGGGCUGGUCCUGAAGGCCCUUCCAGCCAGUGACACUGAAGUUUCAGGGCCCACCUACUGCUCCCCAAAUGCUGCUCCAGUUACUGACCACAUGUGCCUAAAUGUCAGCGUGAUGGAGGUUGUCAAGUCCUCCAACUUGGCAGGACGAUCCUUCUCGACGGUGACAAACACUUUCCGGACAGCCAACAUCCAGAUCCAGAGCCAGGACCAGAGGCUGCUGACGCUGUUUCUGGACAAGGACAGUCGGCGCACUAUCAGGGAUGUGGUCAGAUUUGAGGUUGCUCCCUGCCCAGAACCCUGUUCUGAGGCGCAGAAGUCCAAGGGGCCAUGGCCCAAGGCCCAGAAGGAAGUGGAAAGGACAACAGCCAAGUCCAAGCCCCUUCUUAUGCCUAUCAACACGUUCUCCGGUAUCAUCCAGUGAGCCUGAAAGGGCAGCGGAAGAGCUGAGUCUGAGAACAGUGUGACUGAGAGGAAGAAUACACUAACCCACCAGCCCCGAACCCCCAUCAACAGCCUGCACACAUCUCUCCUGGUUGAGAGGAAAAUGACAGAUUCAAUAAAUGCACACUAAAGUGUUUCUGCUCUCGUUUAACCCCAGCAGCAUUUGCACUUUCAUAGAACAGUCUAACCGAAUGAAUCCAUUUAGGCCAGGUAAGAGCCCAGCUCCCCUGGG